UUAUUUUAUACGGCUCGCAGUGUAAACCCAGUCAUCAGAUAUCUAGCCUCAAAAAACUACAAUAAAUUGAAAAAUCAGCGGAAAAUCAAAUUGAAAAAUGUCUGAACCGCCAAAAACAGUAACAGGCUUUACCAUGCCGGCAGCAGCUGGAACACCAGCAACGACGGGAUUUCAAAUUGGCACGCCGACAAGUACACAAAAUAAACCAGCUACCAGCUUAUUUGGAGCAAAUACCACAGCAUUUGGAGCACCUGGUAAAACAACACCAAAUAAUACCUUUGGUACAUCUACACCAUCCACAUAUACUUUAGGAACUCCAGUGAGCACUCCAUCAUCAUCAAUAAGUAUGCGUUUGCCAAAAACUACAACAGCUUCUUCGACAUUCACUCCUAUAUUGGGCACAAGUACAAGCACAGGUGGGACAACAACUGCAACAUCAACAACUACAGCAGCACCCAAGUUAACAUUGGGAGGGGUUCCAAGUACUGCAUCAACAGCCUCAGUGUCAGGGUCUAGUUCAUCAUCUGCAACAACAGUAGUGUCCAAUACAGCAGCUUUGCAAACUGCUGCAGCCCCAGCCGCCAUGACAUUUGGACAACUGGAAGAUUCAAUUAACAAAUGGACUGUUGAUUUGGAGGAGCAAGGAAAAAUGUUUAUAAAUCAAGCAAAACACAUGAAUGCAUGGGACACUUUGUUGAUUUCCAAUGGAGACAAUAUUUUAACUUUGAAUGGAAGCAUUUCAAGAGUGAAACAACAACAGUCACAUCUCGAUCAGGAGUUAGAUUUUGUUUUGGCACAACAAAAGGAACUGGAGGAACUCAUAUUGCCUUUGGAAAAGGAGUUAAAUGAUUUACCUGUAACGGAUAUUGAUAGAAAUCAAAUGUACCAGCUUUCAGAGAAUAUUGACUCCCAGUUAAAACAAAUGUCAGAUGAUUUGAAAGAGAUAAUUGAACAUAUAAAUGAGUCUCACAAGGGUGAAGAAAUUUCGAAUCCAAUUGUUCAAAUUUGUAAGAUAUUAAAUGCCCAUAUGAAUUCCCUACAAUGGAUAGACACCAACACAGCUCAAAUCAGUAAUCAAUUGGAACAAAUAAAUAGACUACAAGAGAUAAACAGAAGACAAUUUGCAAUGAACCAUAAUUUCAAAAAUUUUUAGUCUAUUUCUUAUUUGUACAUUUUAUCACGUAAUGUGAAAAUAUACUUUUUUCAUUUAUAAA